ACCCCAAAUCCAGCCGGCCCAAACCCUAGCCCAAUUCCGCCCCCCCCUCCCCUGAUCCCCUCCUCCCCCGCUUCCUUCGCCGCUAAGCAUAUCCCUCCCCCGCCGCGAAGCGCGAACCCCCCGCCUGGAUCUCGACGAGGAUGACGGUGAUGGAGCUCAAGGCGCUGCCGCUGGGCUUCCGCUUCCACCCCACCGACGAGGAGCUCGUCCGCCACUACCUCAAGGGCAAGAUCACCGGCCAGAUCAACGCCGAGGUCGAGGUCAUCCCCGAGAUCGACGUCUGCAAGUGCGAGCCGUGGGACCUCCCAGAUAAAUCGCUGAUCCGGUCAGAUGAUCCCGAGUGGUUCUUCUUCGCGCCCAAGGACCGCAAGUACCCCAACGGUAGCAGGUCGAACAGGGCCACGGAGGCUGGAUACUGGAAGGCCACCGGCAAGGACAGGAUCAUCAAGUCCAAGGGCGACAAGCGCAAGCAGCACAUCAUCGGCAUGAAGAAGACCCUUGUGUUCCACCGCGGGCGCGCACCCAAGGGCGAGCGAACAGGGUGGAUCAUGCACGAGUACCGCACCACCGAGCCGGAGUUCGAGUCCGGCGAGCAGGGUGGUUAUGUUCUUUAUCGCCUCUUCCGGAAGCAAGAGGAGAAACCUGAGCGCCCUAGCCCAGAUGAAGUGGACAGGAGUGGCUACUCGCCUACUCCUUCUCGCUCGUCACCUGACAACAUAGAGGCGAAUGAGGAAGCAAACACGCCGCUAAAUAGGGAAUCUCCAGAGUCUGGUCUGCAUGAAAGUCCGAUUGAGCUGCCAAAAUCUGUGGAAACUCAUGCUAUGCCGAUGACAAGGUGGCUGGCGGACAGAAAUGAUAACUUAGUGGCUACUGCAGCGGAUGUUUCCCAUAUGCCUAUCAAUAGACAUGCUAAUGUACCUGAGGUUGAUCCUUCUGCUGGUGCUUCAGCUCAGUUUGUUCAUCCACAGAAUGGGAAUGGUGGUUUUAACAAUUUUGUGCCUGAUAUUGCCCCCAAUCUACCGCAUGGAAAUGUAUUCUUCUCUGAUUUCCAGCAAGGAGCUUUUGGUUUUGAUGGCAACAUGAAUCCUCCCGAUGCCCUGAAUGCUUUCUUGAACCAAGCACUUGUUGAUCCUGAUGAACAUUCGUCAACAACAUCAAAAGUUCAGUAUGACUCUGACAUUCCUACGGAAUUUGAGAACCAUGGGGUCGCACAGGGUGAAGAUGAUCAAGGCUGGUGGGCAAAUCUAGAUUUCUUGUCAGAUGAGCCAAACCCUCUGAAUUCAGCAUAUGAGAAUACACCGUUGCUUCCUUAUGACACAAAUGACCAGGAUGUACUUUCGGUGGACUCUGCUGCUGAUUCCUUGCACGAACUGUUCAAUAACAUGGAAGAUUCUAGUGCAAGGAGGGUUGGAAUGAACAUCGAAUAUGGCCUUCAGGGAACUGGGAUUUCUCUUAUGCCCCGGCAGUUACAGGCCUCUGUGCAGCCAAACUACGUGCUCACUAACCAGGGCACUGCAACAAGGAGGCUCCGGCUACAUUGGCCUGCUGAUUUUGAGAGUGGGGAGAGCAUAACUAGAGAUGAGAGUGAAGAUGAAGUAUCGUGCAUUGUAACUCCGAACUAUCUGAAUGAAACUGUAGAGGAGUCCACUGCAGAUAAGGAUGUGGUUUCUGAUGGAGAUGAAGCUGAGUCAACAGGGAUUGUUAUUAGAAGUCGGCCUGCUCCAAGUUCAAGUUCAGAGAGUUCAUUGACACAAGGGACUGCAGUGCGAAGGCUGCGGCUGCAGUCACACCUCAAGACAGGACCAUGUCCUAGUACUGAUGAUGCUUCAAGUUGCAUCAUAAAUGAAACAGAAAGUCACCACAAAGCAGAGAAAUCUGAGAUUGGAGAGAAUGCAAGUACAAACUUCGCUGAAAGUGUUGAUGGUAUAUUGGACAAUUGCGGUGAUAGUGAACAAAAGAACAUGCCUGAACAUGUUGCUGAAACGGUGGCUGUUCCAGAAGCCAAAUCUGUUCCAAGGCUGCGGAAGGCUUCUGAGAAGAGCGACAAGGAUGCUAUCAAGCAGGAGGAUGGUCUUGAGCCCCACGUGAGAGCACCAGCACAGAAGGGGGGCUUCCAAUCUUACAUCGUCUGGCUGGUUCUUUCGGUGCCCCUGCUGUUGCUUCUCUGUGUCGGGGUGUAUGGGUGGAUAUGAAAGAUAUCCCGGUGCAGUGUAGGGCGUCAUGUUUUGCGCACACAGGUUCCCGGCAUCGACCUGGUGGUGUGUUGUCAUGUGUACAUAACUGUCUUACGGCAUGGGUUUAUAGGGCCGUAGGACAUCCUGUGUCUGUUCUUCUUCUGGCAAGCAGAGGCAGCUGAAAAUCCAAAAAAAAAAAGAGGUAGCACUUUAGGUGGAAGAAAAAGGAAAAAAAAAGGGAGAACUGUUAUUAGAGGCAUAGUAGUAACGUCCUUAGUUUUUCUCCAGCUGUUGCGGCAGAUGCGAUGUGGUAGCUGUUGUGUAGUUGCAAGCCAUGCCUCGGCUGCUGGCUUUUAUUUCCUGCUGUAAUGUAGCAAGACCCUGGUAGACGGGGCGCUCAAAGUCUGAUGAACCUUGGUGUAAUGUCUGGUCUUCUUUUUAAUGUAGAUAGGCCGUGCUAAAAUUUCAGCUUCCGAAGCUGGUA